AUUUACAUUCUGUGUAGCCAACAUGGCGUCGAACGGAAAAGUAGUUAGCUAAGUUAGCUACACUCAGGUGAAUUACUAAUGUUUUCGGACGCGGCUAGUUCCUGAUAGCCGUCAGCCGCUGGGAGUUUUCCUGGAGAAUCAUGGCGGAGGUGGACGAGCUCCGGCCCGUCCCCCGGGAACAGGCCAUCCUGGAGAGUUUCUUCGCCCAGCUCGGGAUGUUUUCCUUCGACCGGGCCAAGGACUACGUGGAGCGGGAGAAGGACGCCAGCAGCCGGGGCGCCGGCGCCAUCUGGGGCUCCCUGCUGGCCGCGCUGGCUCACCUGGCCGCGGCCGAGAAGGUUUACAACAACCUGACCUACCUGGGACAGAAGAUGGGCGGUCAGUCCUUCUUCAGCCGUAAAGACUCCAUCCGCACCGUCUACACCUCCUUGUACAACGAGCUCAGGAAGGUGGUGACGAUGGGCCGCCACAGCCAGCCCUCUUCCUCCUCCUCGUCCUCCUCGUACCUGGAGGACCUGCUGUCUCACCUGUCCGAGCAGCUGUGUCACUUCACGCAGGCCCGCAUGGAGCUGGCCGACCUGUACGAGAAGCUGCACUCCCUGGGCAGCCAGAAGAGCGUCAGCUCCGAGGAGCUGCUCGCUGCGCUGGAGGUCGUCCUGCACAAAUACAGCUCCAAAUUCCAUCACCCCAUCCUGGGCCGGGUGGAGGAGGGUUUCCAGACGGAGGUGGACGUCGUGACCCAGCUGCUGCGCUGCCAGGCUCAAGUGUCCGAGUGGCACUUCCUGCCGGCCCUGCUCAGCCUGCACGGCGCUCACUCCAAACUCACCGCCUGGGCUCAGCUCUUCCAGCGGCAGAAGGAGACCCGGAAGCACCUGUUCGGAGGUCAGUCCCAGAAGGCCGUGCAGCCCCCCCACCUCUUCGUCUGGCUGCAGCGCUUCCAUUCGGCGCUGCUCGCCAAGUUCAGCUUCUACUUCCACGAAGCUCUGAGCCGGCAGACCACGCCCACCGACAUGAAGAUGCUGACGGCGCGCACCGCGUCGGACUACUACGGGAAGAUAUCCGCCUUCAUCCGCAAACACGACGCCAGCAACGUGUCGCUGGUGUUCGACAACCGCGGCUCGGAAAGCUUCCAGGGCCACGGGUACCACCACCCGCAGUCGUACCGCGAGGCGCCGAAGGGCGUGGAGCAGUUCCCCGCCGUGGUGUCGCUGCCGUCGGGAGAGCGGCCGCUCACGCACUGGCCCAACGUCAUCAUGAUGAUGAGCGACCGCGCCGCCGAGCUCAACGCUCUGGACAAGGUGGUCCAGUUCUACGACGACAAAGUCCAGAGCACCUACUACCUCACGCGGCCCGAGCCGCACUUCACCCUGGUGGUCAUCUUCGACGGCAGGAAGUCGGAGAAGGAUCAGCACAUCACCGCCUUCCUGCAGGAGAUCUCCGGCUCGCUGCGGAACUCCAAACCCUUCAGCAUCCUCAAACCGGGUUCAAAGGGCUGAACUGGGCUCGGUCCGGGUUCUCAAGACCCGUUAGACCCACAAACCAAAAACAUUUAGCCUAAACCGUGAAUUUAUUUCAGAUCGAGACGGCGACUUAAACAAAACAUUUAUGUUUAC